AUGACCAAAAUUGAACCAAGAAACCCAGAAAAUAAUCCAAUAAGAAUAAUAGAAAGAUGUCGUAAAGAAGGUCGUCCAGUGUUUAUUGCAGGUCCUAUGGUACGAUACAGUAAAUUACCAUUUCGUUCAUUAGUAAGAGAAUAUAAUACAGAUUUAGUUUAUUCACCAAUGAUAUUAGCAAGAGAAUUUGUUCGUAAUGAAUUUGCAAGAUUAAGUGAUUUUACAACAAAUAAUUAUGAUACCCCAUUGAUAGUACAAGUGGGUACUAAUAAUGUUACUGAUUUAUUAAGAUUUGUUGAAAUGAUUCAUCCUUUUGUUGAUGGUAUUGGAAUAAAUUGUGGUUGUCCUAUAAAAGAACAAAUUAGAGAAGGUAUUGGUGCAGCAUUAAUGAGUGAACCUGAUUUAGUUAGUGAUAUGGUUUAUGCUGUGAAACAAAAAUAUGGUGAUAAAGUUUGUAUUGAAACAAAGAUUAGAAUUCAUCCAGAUUUAAAUGAAACUGUUAAAUUUGUUCAAAAAGUUGAAAAAGCUGGUGUGGAUUUUAUAACUGUUCAUGGACGUACCAAGACAACAAGAUCUUCUCAACCAGCAAAUUUUGAGGCCAUAAAAUUAAUGAACGAAUCAGUUUCAGUACCAGUUAUUGCCAAUGGUGAUUGUUUUUCAUUAAAUGAUGCUUAUGAAAUUGUUAAAAAAACUAAAGUUGAUGGUGUUAUGGCAGUUCGUGGUAUUUUAGAUAAUCCUGCAUUAUUUGCUGGUUAUGAAAAAGCUCCAUGGGGCUGUAUUGAGAAAUUUUGGGAAUAUUCAACAAGUUAUGGAUUAACUUAUAGAUUAUUACAACAUCAUUUAUCAUGUAUGUUAGAUGGACGUAUACCAAAAGAAUUAUAUAAAGAAAUGAUGGAUAUAAAAACAUUAGCACAAUUAAUAGAUUUUUUCGAUAAUAAUUUCAUAUUGAAAAGAUCAAAUGAAGAAGGAUUUGGAACAGGUAUUGAAAUUCCAUUUAAAACUCAAAGAGCAUUGCAUAUAUAG